AUGCUUUCCUGUGCCCUGCGCAAGUCGACUGUCCGAGCCUCUCCGCCAACUGGCUGUUGGAUUGGACACGGCGGCUUACAGAGUUAUACGGUCCGUCUGCCAAUGCCACACAAGACUUGGUCCCAGCACCGAUUACUCAUGGGUUUUCCCCUGCCCAAAACACUUCUAGGCAGGGGUUUCAAGGCGAAAUUGCAUGCCCUCAUUGCGUCCUAUCCUCAGGCCAGAUCAAUGGAUGCCACACCAAUUUAG